AUGCGGAGCCUUUGGACUAUUCUUAACAAAGUUUUGAGGCGAAAAAAUACGAAACCACCGAUUAUCAAUGGUCCAUCUACUACUACUAUCCAAAAACAACCACAAACAGCAUUCGUCCCUACCAAAAUUUCGAGGCAGACGGAAAACUUGAAAUUCAGUGAGAGCAAGGCUUAUUUUGGAAUUGAUAAGCGAAAACCACUAGAUGAGGUGACAGUAGUAGCCUCACAGUCCUAUCUGGAAGUUUGCGAUUCUGCAGCUCAUAAGCGAAAAGUAACAGCGUCGUUUUUGAGCAGUUUUGCGGUAGUAUGUUUCUACUUCUGGUAUUCCAGAAAGGAUUAUGGUGGAUUUCUGAAUGCUCCUAAAUACGAAGUAGUUCCAACUCUGAAAAGGUACGCUUUACGCAAACAAAUAGAAGAAGCACAUAAAAGAGGAAAAGAUACGACAUAUUUGAGGGCGACGUUGGACUAUGUUGAUGUGGAGGAGGCUAUUUACCGGGCUGAAGAGGGUGCUUUUACGCUUGACAUUUGA